AUCUUGAUAACCAGAAAUAAAUAACCUUGUCACUCGUAAUCUCAUCUAUUCGUUCAAUGUCGACACCGUCAAUAAGUGAAUAACUCCCUCAGAAUGACAUUCCCAACCAAACUAUGUCUGCUAACCAUCCUAAUAUCGUUUCUCUCCUUCACUCAACCGAUCGCUUCUCUUCGGAUCCUGGGCCUAUUUCCCUAUCAAAUGCGAAGUCAUUAUGUUAUGUGCGAGGAGGUCAUGCGAGGAUUAGCAGCCAAAGGUCAUCGAGUCGACGUCUACAGCCACUUUCCAUUGAAGAAAAAAUUACCGAACUACCACGACUACAGCUUGGUUGGAACCUUACCAGCGGUCUCCAAUAACGUCACCUUCGAGGUGGCCGCGAUCGAUUCGGCGCCGGUCUCGCUCAAACACUGGCUGGAGUCGUCAGGUUUAUCUAUUUGUAAGCUACUGGAGCAUCCGAUAUUCCAGAAGCUGUUACACGAUCCUCCCAUGGAUCCACCUUACGAUCUUGUGAUCACCGAGCUUUGCUUAUCCAACUGCUACAUACCGUUUGGUCGCCGCCUGAACGUCCCUGUGAUCGGCGUAGUGACACCGCCCCUGUUGGACUGGCAGUUCGAUCCGUUUGGAACACCGAUUAAUCUAGCUACCGAUCCGAGCAUUUAUAGCUCGCACGUGGCACCGAUGAGUUUUCUAGAGAGGCUGGACAAUUUCGUACUUUAUCACAGGAUCCAUUGGGCCUUUGCUCAACACACUCGCGAACAGGACAAAGUCGUCGAGAGGGUCUUCGGCCCAGGACUACCAAACUCUGUAGACUUGUUGAAAGAGGUAGCUUUGGUACUGGUGAAUCAUGACUUGAUGCUCAGUGGCAUAAGAGCGUUUGCACCUAAGGUUAUACCUGUCGGUGGUUUGCACGUCGUUGACCAUAACGAGACACUUCCAAAGGAAGUACAGAAGUGGCUGGACGACAGCAAGGAUGGCUGCGUUUACUUCUCCUUCGGAUCUUUCAUCCGAAUGGAAACCUUUCCGAGGCACGUUAUCGAAGCCAUUUACAAAUCGUUUGAAAACAUAGCACCAACUCGUGUACUUCUGAAAAUAGCCAAGCCGCAGGAGUUGCCGCCUGGUUUGCCGUCGAACGUGAUGACGCAGUCCUGGUUCCAACAAAUGCAGGUUCUGAAGCAUGAAAAUACGAAAGCGUUCGUUACGCACGGGGGACUGAUGGGAACUCAGGAGGCGAUAUACUACGGCGUUCCUUUGGUGGGCGUUCCGUUCUUGGGUGACCAGCAUUUUAACGUCAAAGCAUACGUCAAUAAAGGAAUCGCAAUCAAGGUCGAGUUACAGGAGAUUAACGAGAAGAGCUUCACCCACGCUUUGAAAGAGAUCCUUCAUAAUCCUCAGUACAAAAAAGCUGCGGAGAAUCUGAGUCAGAGAUCCAGGGAUCGACCAAUGAGUCCAAUGGAUACCUCGAUCUUCUGGGUGGAGUAUAUAGCCCGUCAUGGCAAAGAUGCGCUCAGGUCCCCUGUGGUUGACAUGCCUUGGUGGCAGGCCUCGCUGCUGGACGUUUACGGUUUCAUACUAGCCUUAAAUUUGCUGUUUCUUUACGUUUUAUGGAGACUCGUUAGGAUAGCGAUCGGAUUUUUCAAACCGAAUGCGCAAGUUCGGUCAUACUCUAAACUUAGGAAAACGAAGACAGAUUUCCAGAAUAACUCGACUUGUCCGGCAUCGUUGCCGUGUAGUGUAGCUCAGUCGUCGAUAGACACCGGUGGCCUCCUCACGACUCCUCAAUUUCGAAAUCGGUUUCAGUGCCCAGAUAAACUGACGUUCAAGACUGACAGCCUCAAAAUGAAAUUCCUAGCCAAUAAUCUAUACCUAACUAUCCUAAUAUCUAUACUUUUCUACACUCAACCGAUCACUUCCUUGCGGAUCCUGGGUUUGUUCCCUUUCCAAAUGCGAAGUCAUUACGUUAUGUGUGAAGAGCUCAUGCGAGGAUUGGCGGCGAAAGGUCACCGAGUCGACAUCUACAGCCACUUUCCGUUGAAGCAAAAAUUACCGAACUACCACGACUACAGCUUGGUUGGGACCUUACCGGCGGUUUCCAAUAACGUCACCUUCGAGGUGGCCUCGAUCGCUUCGGGACCCGAUAUGAUCAGGCAUUGGCUCGAGUCGGCUGGUAUACCGAUCUGCCGAUUACUCGAUCUGCCGAUGUUCCAGAAGCUGCUACACGAUCCUCCGAUGGAUCCGCCUUACGACCUCAUUGUCACGGAGCUCGCUAUAUCGAACUGCUACAUAGCAUUCGGUCGACGACUGAACGUGCCCGUGAUCGGGAUAGUGACACCACCACUGUUAGACUGGCAGUUCGAUUCGUUUGGAACACCGAUCAACUUAGCUACCGAUCCGAGCGUGUUUAGCUCUUACGUGGCGCCGUUGAGUUUUCUGGAAAGACUGGACAACUUCGUGCUCUAUCACAGAAUGAAUUGGGCCUUCGCUCAACACACUCGUGAACAGGACGAAAUCGUCGAGAGGAUCUUUGGUCCAGGACUGCCAAACUCGGUUGAUUUACAGAAAGACGUAGCUUUGGUACUGGUGAACCAUGACUCGACACUCAGUGGCAUCCGCGCGUUUGCCCCAAAAGUUAUACCUGUCGGCGGUUUGCACAUUGUCGACCAUAACGAGACUCUACCAAAGGAGGUGAAGAAAUGGCUGGACGAAAGCAAGGAUGGCUGCGUGUACUUCUCCUUCGGCUCCUUCACCAGAAUCGAAACCUUUCCGAGGCACAUACUCGAAGCGUUUUACCGGUCAUUCAAAAAUAUCGCACCCACACGAGUACUUCUGAAAAUAGCCAAACCCGAGGAGUUGCCGCCUGGUUUACCGCCUAACGUGAUGACGCAGUCCUGGUUUCAGCAAAUUCAAGUUUUGAAACACAAGAACGUGAGGGCGUUCGUUACCCACGGCGGGCUUAUGGGAACUCAGGAGGCGAUAUACUACGGUGUACCCUUGCUGGGGAUUCCUCUCUUUGGUGACCAGCACUACAACGUAAGGGCCUACGUCAAGAGGGGAAUAGCCAUUAAAAUCGAUCGAUAUGAAAUAACGGAGGAGAGCUUCACCCACGCUCUGAAAGAGGUGCUCUAUAAUCCUCAGUACAAAAAAACUGCUGAGAAUCUGAGUCGAAAGUUCAGGGACCGGCCAAUGAGUCCCAUGGACACGUCGAUAUUCUGGGUGGAGUACAUAGCUCGUCAUGGAAAGGACGUGCUCAGGUCUCCUCUGGUCGAUAUGCCUUGGUGGCAGGCCGCGCUACUGGACGUCUACGGAUUCAUGCUUUUCUCGGCGCUGCUAGUAAUCUACAUUGCCACGAAAUUCGUCAGGAUAAUUUUUGGUCUUUUUAGACCGUUUGCACGAGUUAAAAUCGGCUCGAAGCUGAAAAAAUCUGAUUAGAGAUAUAAUUGUUUGCAGGAAAUAUAUCUUGUAUUUUAUAUAUCUUCUGAAGAGUUUCGAUAUACUGGGUCAAUUUUUACUAAAUCGAAAUUUUUAAAAACUAUUUCAAAAGAUAUAACGAAUUGUAAUAUAUUAUCAGUAUUUAGUUAUUUAUUAAUUUAUGUUUACUGAACGGGCAGUCUGCCCUUUACAUUAUAAAGUACAAAAAAUAAGCAAGGUGGCGCAAUCAAGAUCAGUAUUGUAGAAAUAUACGACGUAAUAAGCGUGUACUGAAAAA